AUGACCCUAGUCUCGAAUGAUCCCAAUUGGUGGCCGUUGCUCUAUUUUUAUCGAUUUUACAGCUAUUUUAUAGCUGCAUCCUCUACGGUAGUCAUAUACGAUUGGGUUCUGACAUUUGGACAAGAGUUUGAACUGGUCCUGAGGCAACGCUGGUCCCGCACUAUUCUUGGCCUUACACAAUGGUGGAUGAUUUUCAUCGUAAAUGUCAUGCUAGGUCACAUCUUAAUUACUCGGUUACGUGCGAUGUACAAGCGAUCUAGAAAGAUUUCAAUCUUUCUUGUCGGAAUCUCCUUGGCUUGCAUAAUUGUAAGCGGAGUGAUCCUCGCAAUAUCAAGCAGUAAUGUUUCAGCAGAGGAGCUUGUUCUCUCUGGCACCUAUCAGUGCAUUCUGAGCGGAAAUAGUGGCUACCCACUAUCUGAGCCUUGGAUACUCGGCAUUGUAUGGGAGUUCCUCGUGCUAUGUCUUGCAGUCUGGAUUGCUAUAAAACACUUCCGUGAACUGCAACGACCAUCCCCAGGGAGGGACAGUUUCGCCAUGUUAAUAAAAACUCAUGUGUUUUACUUUGCAGCACAUGCUGCUGUUUCUUGCUUGGCUAUUGGCAGCCUUCUCUCUCCACAAAUAUCGGGAUCUUCUUCAAUUGGAACUGAGGUUUAUUCUGGCAUCGUUGAAAUUUCCAUGCUCGCGCAGAUGUUUGUUAUGGGGCCACGACUCCUCCUUAGCGUUCGAGAAUAUAACGCUAAUCUCGUGGCCGACUCUGAGACAGGAACCAACCUAACUUCGAUUAUUUUCCAAGAGGGCAUACUUGUGUCAACUGAUGAUGGUGUGUAGCACGGGAAACUAUCUAAGUGAUCCAAGUGACCCAUAAAAUACUUCGCGAAGUUGUUGUCAAUUUGUUGUAGUAUUGGUACAUCAUGAUUCAUUUGGCCACCCAUCCGGUAUUUUGAACUACACGAAAAUUUGAGGUGACACCACAAGACCCGACGGGGCCCUUGUGUUCAAUAUAUUUGCAAUAUCAUGAUGACAUGCAAGUCACGCCUUCAUAUUCUACUACCUGAAAAAAGAAGCCUUGGCU